AUGGAGGAGAAAAUUGCUGUUGACGCAGAUUUCUAUGUUCUGACCCAGGACUGGGAACCCCAGGACUUUCAGUCGGAGACCACAUCUAUCGCCUCGUCAAUUGCGAAGGGUCGAUUGGAAAAUGGAAGACGAUACCAGUCUAUGAAGGAUCAUGACUAUUGGAGUCCUUCCGACGAGCAACAAUUUGAGGCUUUUGAGAUUGGUCACAUGGUGUUUCUAGUAUUGGAAAAUGAACGAGAAAACCCCCUCCAUCACUCCCCUAUCGGCAAUUCUCCUAAGCACAUUUUAGACAUUGGGACCGGUAAAGGAACAUGGGCUAUUGAUAUGGCGGACGCAUAUCCAUCUGCUACUGUCCGUGGCGUUGACGUCUUUCCCCCUCCCGUGACAUGGAUGCCACCCAACUGCCUACUGGAAGUUGACGAUAUCCUCCGCGACUGGACCUGGAGAGACCCAUUCGACUUUAUCCACAUGCGUCUAAUGCUAGGAGCAUUCACAGGAGAUGAAUGGGAUCAAUUAUACAAACAGUGCUAUGACGCUCUCACCCCAGGUGGCUGGAUCGAACAGAUCGAGCUAGACGUCCGAGUACACAGUGAUGAUGACACCCUGCAAAAAGACGGCGUUCUAGCUUCAUGGGGAGAUAAUUUUAUCGGCUGCUCCGAGCGAGCCGGCCGCUCCCUCCUAACGCAGGAGACAAUGCGAGGCGCAAUAGAGAAAGCUGGCUUUGUCGAUGUGCAAGAAAAGCUAUAUAAGAUUCCUUUGGGACCGUGGCCGAAAGAUAAGGUUCUCAAGGAGGCUGGUCAGCUUCAAUACGCUCACUGGGUUGCUGCCUUGGAGGGAUGGGCUAUGUGGCUGCUCACUAAGCAUGGUGCGCCGACGCCUUGGACUCAGGCAGAGGUCCAGGUUUACUUGUCGAAGGUUCGGGCGGAGUUGAGGAACCCUCGUACACAUGCUUAUGAAUAUGCUCGCCGAGUUUGGGCUAGGAAGCCUACUGUGGAGGAGGAAAUGGCUAAUCUGGUUAUUAAGUCCGAGACGCCCUCGGUGGAGCUUGGAUCAGCCGUGGCGUCUUGA